AUGGUGAUGGAUCUCCUCCGAGAAGCAGGAUGGUGCCAGCGUCCAGUCCAAGAAGCUCAAGCCUCUAAUCACAACCAUGGCAGAGAAAUCGACACAAAGAACAUUGCACUAGACACUUCCAGUUUAGUUUCCACAAACUUUGGAAAGCUGGCUACUUUGCGUGGAGGAUCGUCAUUGCUGGGACUGGGGCUGGGAUGGUACUCGCUGAAGUCCCAGCCAUCUUCGCCAGCUUUCUCGAUGGGAAGCUGGCUUGCCGAUGGCAAGAGGUCUCACAGUCCUGGACCGGGAGCACAAAACGUAAAGAGGAGGCCGGACUGUCCAGCCUACCCAAUCUCUCCUCGGUUUAGAGACGCUGGAAAGGACUGGAGUCCCGGGCCGGGGCAGCACAAUCUUCCAGGAACUUUUGGUGGUCCGGCUUAUAUCAUGGCAUGGCGGUUUGACUCGCCUCCCAGAGCUCACAGCCCGAGAGAGAGGGGAGUCAGGAAGAAGGGACUCUGGCAAUCUAGACAGGAGAGAUUCCAGCUCCAGGAGAAGAUCCAGUUUAUCUCCAAGGCGGCCGUCGAGUCCUCCACAAUCAGAUCCAACUCCGGGACCAGGAAGAUACCAAGACGCCGAGUUUCAAACAAACGGUCCCUGAAGAACUAUCAAGUCGAGGAUUCCAUUACGUCCAAAGGAGAACUUUCUAGGACCAGGAGCUUACAACGUUGUGUUGAGGCUGAGCUCGCCACCCCUCUCUCUCGGAGGACAAAACAGAAAAUCCAGGGCCAGGAGCGUGGCAAGGUGACGUCUCCACGACAAAGCGAUGUUCCAGGCCCCGGUACUUACUCUCUGCGGCUUCCCAGAGGCCAGACCAUGCAGUCGAGACAAAGCUCGCCAAGAACUCCAAACUCCCCCGGCCCGGGAUCAUACAGUCCGCAGUGCAGGAGCUCCUCUCCAUCCUUCUCGAUGCGAGAAAAGCUUCCCAAGUUAUCAGGACGUGACAGCCCCAGCUACACCUCGAGAUCUUCCAUGGACGGUCCUUCCUUCAGCAUGCACGGCCGACUUAGCAGCCCAGCUUCUUCCACUUCCAGGAGCAGCUCUCCGGGACCUGGAGCGUAUACGAUCUCUUCCAGGCCAACGAGUCCAUGGUUUACGCUGUAUGGCCCGGGGAAGAAGAACAACUAA